AUGUGCCGAAAUAUUAAUAUUUUAGUUCCAUCGGUUUUUACUGUGGUUAUAUUUUUUCUUUUACUUUUACUCUCUAUAGUCAAAAAUCAAAAUUUGUGUAUUAUAAAUACGCCGGCUAAUCGCCGCUGAUAAAUUAAUAAUCUUAAAUAUAAUACUACUGUUUCUUGUAGUUACUCGUUGAUUUUUGUUUAUAAUUUACAAUGGUUUUUACAACGGCAAUGAUGAUGGUCAGAAGUAGAGGUCCAGACGAGUUUUGGAGAAAAAGAAAAAUUUUCAAAAUUGCUGCUCACUUUUCCGGUCGUCGAAGAAAUUGCUAUUCAAUUGCUAUUAAGGCAGUUCACCGUGCUCUUCAAUUUGCAACAAUUGGGCGGACAGUGCGAAAAAGUGAUAUGAUUGAUUUAUGGAACACUCGUAUUAAUGCAGGGUGUGAAGAACACGGAAUAGAAAUAAAUAAUUUCAAGGAUAGUUUAUCAAAAUGUGAUAUUCAGUUGAACAAGAAAGUUUUAGCUGAUUUAGCUAUUUGGGAACCUAAUUCCUUUAAAGCACUGUCUGAUCUAGCAAAAUCUGUAUCAAUCGAUUAUAAUUUACCAGGUACUGAAAAAUACGACAAGCCAACAAAUGUAGUCACUAGAGGUUUAUUGAAAAAAUAAUUUUGUUUUAUAUUGUAUUUUUUAAAUGAAUCAUUAAACCUUAAGAAAUUUUGUAGAAACAUAAAUAAAUGUUAUUUGUAAAAACUAA